ACUUAUAAUGUUCUUACCAAUGACGUCAUUUAAUUAAUAUGGGCGGGGUCAGCCUGCGGUUAAUAAAUUUAUUGAUUAAUCAAUGGAUGAUCACCAUCAUUGCAAUUUUUGCUUCUUCUCUUUCUGUGACUUUCAGGGGUCCUCCUGCCCUGUAGUUCCCUGUCCUAAUUGUGAUACAAGACUCCACAAAUGCAAGCUGAGCGAGCACACUGCCUGUAUUUGUCCGGACUCCCCCGUUCCUUGUAUUAAUCAACAGUAUGGGUGUGAUCAAGUGCUAAGGAGGUCUCUUUUAGGACCUCAUUUGGAGUCCUGCCCUGCUUCUUCUGUCUUGUGCCGCUUUGUUCGCCAGAGGUGGCAAUUGGACUAUAAUUGGAGCCAAUCAGCUCAUCAUGACCUCCUUGCAGAUGAGAAGUUACUGCAACAAGACAUCAAAAUCAUGAUUGCAGCAGAACCACCAAGCAUUAUUACUGGCAGAGAGGGAGGGAACAAACCUUUCGAUGCUAAAAAGACUAGUCUAUGGUGCACCGUAGGCAGUGAAUAUUUUAUUGCUCCUGAAAAAUUUUCUAAGGUUUUAACAAAUAACUAUAGACUUAUGCUCUCAGACUAUCAUCUUAGCCAAUCGUACAUUUAUCACAGGAAAGACUCCUCCAAACUCUGCCACUCUUUUUUCUGUGGAGCUAUUUUACGAAGAGAUCAAUUCCAGUCCCAUGCUUUCAAUCAUCAAAGCCUUGAAGUUGAUUUCUUGUCGAUGAGAAUCAUACGUUGUCCUCUGCUGUCUCUUGGAUGUCGCUUUGGUGUACAGACCUAUGAGCCAUCAAGAGGACAUACUGAUUAUAGUGCAUUAAUGUCCUGUUUUACUGUCUCAUACAAAGUGAGUGACACAUUACAGAAUGUGGAGCAUCAGCAUAGCACGGCAAUAGAACACCUACCAGUUGAGCUCCUAUAUAAUAUCAUUGGUUAUCUGGACUCUCUAAGUCUUUGGAGUCUUUCUCAAGUAAAUCGGAUUUUUAGAGACCUUUGUGAGACGUUUUUAAAUGUAAAAGGAGUUAUUUAUUUUUGUUGGGAGAAGAAUAUUGAUGAUAGAUGGCAUCAAAGUAGAAAGAAGUGGACUUUUCCAAGAACUAUUUCUCCAGUAAUUUCAUGGGAGCCAGUUAGCCCAGUAGCAACCAUUAAUGAACACCUCAUACACUGUCCUUAUAAUAUUAAAAAAAUUAAAACUGAUAAUUAUCAACUUCCACUUCCCAUCAGAAAUAAAAAAUAAAUAAUAUGG